AUGUACGACAUAAAUGUUAUUAAAAGGUACUUUGAAUCAAUAUACGAGACAAGAGAAAUUGAAAACAUACCUGCCAAAGAAUUAAAUGUCCAGCUCGCGAAAUUUUUCAUGAAUGUACGCAAGAGAAAUGGCAGCGUUUAUGAACCUACUUCUCUCAAGGACUUCCAGAGAAGUUUGCAGAGAUAUUUGAACGACAAGAGUUCUACAAUGAAUAUCCUACAAGACCAGGUGUUUGCCAAAUCCUGUGAAGUUCUUAUAGCGAAGAAACGAGAGCUUGUCCAACAACACGCCAAUGGAAACCGACCACAAGCUUGUCGAGAGUUGACGACGGCAGAGGAAAACAAGUUCUUCGAGUUGGGUUUGUUCGGAAAACACGACCCAGAAGUUCUCCAGAGGACCGUUUGGUGGGUCCUUUCUCUUCAUUUCGGCUUUCGAGCGCGUGACGAGUCGAGAAAACUAAAGUGGGGAGACGUAUCCAUCAGCAAAGACCCCGAAACAGGCAGCGAAUUGUUGUUGUGGAAAGCUGAACGAGGUUCAAAGACCAGGCACGGCGACGGGCAACAUUGA